AACUGAGACCCAAAGAGAGAUAGUAACUUGUCUAGGGCUACCUCCAACAUGCAGCCUCCUGCCAUGGUGUCUCUGCUGCUUGUGUCCAUGGGCCUCAUGGAAGCACUUCAGGCCCAGAGCCACCCCAUCACUCAACGAGACCUCUUCUCUCAAGAAAUGCCCCUGGAUAUGGCCCCAGCCUCCUUUGAUGACCAGUAUGCUGGCUGUGCAGCAGCCAUGACAGCUGCCCUCCCGGAUCUCAACCAAACAGAGUUCCAGGCCAACAAAGUGUAUGCUGACGGCUGGGCACUGGCAAGCAGCCAGUGGCAGGAGCGCCAGGCCUGGGGACCAGAGUGGGGCCCCAGCCCUACCCGGCUGCCCCUGCCACCCCCUGGCUUCCGCGAUGAGCAUGGGGUGGCCCUCCUGGCCUACACAGCCAACAGCCCCUUGCACAAGCAGUUCAACGCAGCCGUGCGGGAGGCGGGCCGCUCCCGAGCCUCCUACCUCCACCACUUCUCCUUCAAGACACUCCAUUUCCUGCUGACCGAGGCCCUGCAGCUGCUGGGUAGGGGCCAGCGUUCACCCCAGUGCCGCCAGGUGUUCCGAGGGGUGCAUGGCCUGCGCUUCCGGCCAGCAGCACCUGGAGCCACCGUAAGGCUGGGAGGAUUUGCCUCCGCCUCCCUGCAGAAUGUUGCAGCCCAGCAGUUUGGGGAGGACACCUUCUUUGGCAUCUGGACCUGCCUUGGGGCACCUAUCAAGGGCUACUCCUUCUUCCCUGGGGAGGAUGAGGUGCUGAUCCCCCCCUUUGAGACCUUCCAGGUAAUCAAUGCCAGCAGACCAGCCCAGGGCCCUGCCCGCAUUUACCUCCGGGCCCUGGGCAAGCGCAGCACAUACAACUGUGAGUACAUUAAAGAUAAGCAGUGCAAGUCUGGGCCCUGCCGUCUGGAUAACUCAGCCAUGAGUCAAGGCCCCAUUUCUGCAGUCUGGUCCCUCCUACUGCCACUCUGGCUCCUUGUCAGAGGAACCUUUCCAUAGACUCCAGGCCUCCCAUCAUCCUUCCAACACUGAACAGCCCUGCCUGCUGCCUCUACCCAACAUGGGGAUGUUGGCCACAUGUGUGCUUUAAAGGCAGCCAGGAUCCAUGGUAACUCCAUCUGCUGGGAACUCUGGGAUGUUGGUAGCUGCCAGGCCUGCUGAUGGAGGAGUAAGGGAAUCUGGGGACUGAGCCUUAGCCAAGGCUCUAAGAAUGAGACACUGAAUAGACAUGGGGGUCUCUACAACAGGCAACAACUCACUUGGAGGUUAGAGAUUAAACUAGUUUG